CUUAGCAUGGCCAUAUCCUCCAAGAGAUCCCAAAUGUGUUUCGAACUUGUCGCCUGCCCGGCGCCUGUAGGUAUCUAGUCAAAGCAUUGCGCUGGCACUAUUGACUAGGGCUCACUUCCUCGUCGCUUGACGUCCUUGUGCCGUUCGCCAUGCCAUCAUGACGCUAGGGAAUGUUUUGCUAUAUGAUCGAAGCGCUUCGCCGCUCUUUUCAGUCUUCUCUGCAUCUUACGAUUCGUUCUUAGACUCUGCUGUUUUCUCCUGAUACCCCAUUUGUUUUCUCUGCGAGCAUAUCCGAUAGUCCAGCAUUUCUCAGUCACUUCAACGCUGCGUCCAUCAUGCCACGGUCUACAUUCGAGAAGCUGUCUUUCAUCUGUUUAAUUUCUACAGUUGUACCAUCUACUCACGCUCUCACGACUGCCUUGAAUGCUGCCAGAUCCAUCAAUCUUCUCCACAGGCAAGAUCAACAAACAUGUAACGGAGUCGCCAACCUCGAGCAAUGCGGCAACGGUCUCCCAUCGGACUUCUGCUGUAGUAAAGGUUCAACAUGUAAUAAGUUUAGCUCUGGCGGUGCGACCUCAGUCCUCUGCUGCCCACUGGGCAGUCAAGGUUGUGAGGCCAUUCAGCCGAUCACCUGCGAUAUUCAGCAGCAGAACGCAACGGCUUUCCCGGGGAAUCAAGUCCAUCUUUCAGAUCUCAGCAUCAAGCUUCCGACUUGUGGUAAAGCAUGUUGUCCACUCGGUUUUGAAUGCCAGGAUACUGUUUGUAUAGCCAUGUCUUCGCCGAAUGGGACCGUGUCCCUCACCCCUUCACCAACAAGCGGUCCUUCCACUACAGCAGAUUCUCAUCCUACCGCUAUUCCGGCCGAAUCUGGCAGCAAAAAAGAACGCAAUGCCUUCCCCGGUGGAGCCAUAGCUGCAGGAUUCUUCCCCGGAAUGAUCCUGGGUGUCCUCCUGACCCUCGCCAUGCUUUGGGCCAUCAAGAGGCGCCGCCAGUCACUCAGCUCUGCACGUUCGAACAGAAACCUCGGACGUGUGAGUCGUCAGAUCAGCGACCCGAUCUAUGACUCCGCCCACGCUACCCGAGUUGACUUUAUUCGCCGCGGAACGACGUCGACGAAGAACUCCACGGGCGACACGAACACGCUCCUUAACGGUACGAGUGUCAGCCGCCCGCGCAACACGAUCCUCCGUACGCCAAAGGUACGCUCCUUAUUUACUCGGUCGCCGAAGGUGCAGCAGGACUCACCACGGCCACCCCCAUUGGUAAACUUCACCUCGAAACCAUCUCGCAGAUCGAUGAAAGAGCGCAGCCCGCUGCCAAGAAGUGGCAGCUUAGAGACGAUAGAUGUGUUGAUGCCGGCGCCUUCGUUCUUGCAAGUGCCUGGCCUAUCUGCCCCAGGAGAUGGACGGUCGAUAACGCGAGACACAACGUUUACAAAUAUGAUGGAGGAUGCGGGCUGGACGCGUGAAUCCCAGGAGGGAGUGAGAAAGCUCAGUAAUGAGUGUAUUCCGCAGGCCGGGAAAAUCUAAUCGUUGUGCUUGAUUCUUCUUCUCGUGUGCGCUCUUGCGGAAUAGGAUACCCAUUGUACUUUCUCUUCAUUCCUAGACCCUUUAAACAAUAACUCAAUUUAGUAUUUUAUC